AUGAUCUGCCACCUACCGGCAUUCUCAGCUAUUGUACUCCCUUGCUCAAAAUACCCAAUCACACUUUCAGACGACUGCUUGACGGAUCUGGCUGCUCAGUGGCAACUUGCUGAUCCCACUCAUCCACGAGACCUUGUCACCCUCUUUCCGACACCAACUGGAAACGACACAUUUUUCGUCAUCGCUUCUGUCACCCGAUGCUUCUGCACAGCCAAAGCCGUGCUGACCGUUCUCGAGAUGAUUCGAGGAGACUCGAUGCUUCGUCAAUUCGUCACUUCGUCUUGA